UUUGCACAUACUGUUCCCUUCCAAGGAGCCCUGGUGGUGCUGUGGUUAAACGCUCGGCUGCUAACCGAAAGGUCGGCAGUUCGAACCCACUAGCUACUCUGUGGGAGAAAGAUGUGGCAGUCGGCUUCUGUAAAGAUUACAGUCUUGGAAACCCUAUGGGGUAGGUCUACUCUGUCCUACAGGGUCACUAUGAGUCAGAAUCGACUUGACAGCAACAGGUUUUGUUUUGGUUUUGGGUUCCCUUCCAGGUGGAAGACCCACAGGUGUUUGUUAAACUAUUUUGAGUAUUUUUCUAUAAUAUCACCCCCUGCACGGCUGUUUCAAGGGUUAAAUUAGAUACCAUGUCAGCUCUUUCACUCCCAUCGUCCCCAUGCACGUACCCGCCACCUCCAAGUCCAGAUCACAUGUCCCUUCCAGGCCAGUCUCCAUUAGGAGGUACUGAGGGCACCCCUCUAUCUGCCCUAACCAGACUGGGGACCCCAUGAGACAUGGCCAGGUUAGCCCAUCACCAGCUCAGGGCUGGAUGGAAUGCAGCAGGCCCUCAGCGCCUUUCCUGGGAGUGAUAGCCCAGGGCUGGACCAGAUUUUGGGCACUGUGAGAGGCAAAUUCUUGGCCAAGAGACCCGUGUUCUUUCCACUGCACCCCAAUUCAGAUCCAGAAUCCAAGGCUCCCCCAGAGGGGCAGACGCUGCUCCCCUCCCCCCCAUCCUCUCCCUCUCCUUCCGGUGUGGAUUCCUCUGGCCUCAGCCAGGAAAUGGAAUGUUGUGUCGUUGGUUGCCCGGGCAACCAGGGCCUGCUUGGUGCUGCCUUCUGGGAGUACUGAGCAAGCAAGUGGCUGCUCCUUCCUCCAUCAGAGCCCCCCAGGCCCUCCUAAGCGUGUGCAAAACCCCAGCCAGUGGAAAGAAAGACGGAAGUAUGGCAGUCCCCUGGGAGGAAUACUUCCGACUGGCCUUACAAGAGAAGCUGCCAAGGAAGAUACCAGAGCAGAAUGUGCACCAGUUCCCCCCAGUGCUGCGGCUCCUGGAGAAGAGGCAGGAGCUGAAGGCUGCAGACCAGAGCCUGCGGGCCCAGAAGGAGGUGUUCCAGACCACGAUGGCGGCCCUACAGCAGCGCUGGGAACAGCUGGAACAGAAGGAGCAGGAGCUAAAGGGGUCCUUUUUGCGCUUUGACAAGUUCUUGCAGGAUGCGGAGGCCCGGCGCAGCCGCGCGCUGCGCAGGGCGGCGGAGGAGGGACACUGCGCGGGCCGCCAGGAGGCGGAGGCGCGGCGGCUGUGGGCCCAGCUGGAGGAGCUACGGCGGGAGCGCGCGCUGCUGCAGCGCAGGCUGGAGCACCUGGCGCCUUGCGCGCGCCUGCUGGGACAGGUGUUGGAGCGGCUGCCCGAGUUCCAGGGGGUCCCGGAGCUGGUGGCGCGCUUCGACAGCCUGGCCGACACGCAGGCGGCGCUGAGGCGCACGGAGCGCGAGCGGCUGGCAGAGCUGGAGGCGGCGCGGGCGCGGCUGCAGCGGCUGCAGGACACCUGGCAGGACGAGGUGCUUUGGCAUGGCCAAAGGCGCGCGCAGCUGCGGGAGCGACUGGAAGAGGCUCGCGAGCGCACGCUGCACUGGGAAUCCAAGUGGAUUCAGAUCCAGAACACAGCAGCGGAGAAGACCCUGCUCCUGGGACGGACGAGGAUGGCGGCGCUCAACCUGUUCCAAGUAGUAUGCCAGCAUCAGAGGCAGCCGCCCAACCUGGACCUCGAGGACACUGAGGGGCAGCUGGAGCAGGUCAAGCAGUUCAUCCAAGACCUCUCCGGCAUGCUGGCCAGCCUCCGUCAGGCUGAACCUUGACCCAGGUGAGCAGUGGGGAAGGAGGGCCCCACUGGGGACCUGGCCCUGGAAAACAGCUCCCACAUUUCCUAUGGGAUGUGGACUGUCUCCUCACCUAAAAGGUGGGCAAGAUCUGAGCCUGCUAGGGUUGUUGUGGGCUUAAAUGACCCUGCCACACAGCAAGUACUCCAUAACUGUGGCCCAUGGUGACAGUGAUGAGGAGUUGUGUGUGGGAUGCCAGUCCCUGCUGGCCCCUCAUCCACUGUGUGGCCUGGCACCAGUGACUCGUGCCUCACCUGUAAACCAGGGUCGGGACCAUACCUUCCCCACCAGAACAGUUGUGGGGAUUAAACUAACUAGCUUGGAUCCUGACCCACAGCAAAUUAAAGUAAGUAGGACCAACAGGGGAGCCCUGGUGGUGCAGUGGUGAAAGAACUAUGGCUGGUAACCAAAAGACUCACAGUUCAAAUCCACCAAUAGCUCCUUGGAAACCCAAUGGGGAGUUCUACUCUGUCCCAUAGGGUCACUAUGAGUCGGAAUCGACUUGAUGGCAGUGGGGUUUUUCUUAGGACCAGCAGGAGGGUCACACAUCAGGGGGUGUGGAAAUCUGUAGGACGGUGCCUGCCCACAAGGCCCCUCCACUGUGGACUGACGGCCCUGCGCUGAAAUUCCAGCCACUGGAGGUUGCCCUUGACCUUCCUAGGACCCCAAACAGGAGUGGGAAGCCUUGGAGCAAGCUGGUGGCCACCGCAGAGGGCAGGCCUGGCUCUGACCUCAGGGUGUGGUGGGCAGUGUUAACCCCUUCACAGCCAGAGGCCGGCCAGAGGGGAGCUGCUGUGCCCUCUGACCCAGACGCUGUACCCCACCCACUCCUACAUCCUCCUCCAGCUACAGCCUGUCCCACAGGAAGCAGGGGAACCACCAGCAUCAGGCUCCCCAACCAAGGCAACUGCCUCAGCCUCUGAGCCUCAGUUUUGUCAUCUGCAAAAUGGAGACACCAACACAGCCCACCCCAGCGGGCUGUGGGAGGCCAGGU